UGUGUGAUGACGGCUUAUGGCCGGGAGAAGAGGUGCUCGCCGGUGACCGGCAGUGAGCGAUGACCAGGCUUCUGGGCGUGGUGCACAGAGUGGCUUUGGCUGCCGUGCAUUGCAGUGGCCGCAGCUGCCGCGGGCUCGCCAUGUUUUAUGCCGUGAGGAGGGGCCGCAAGGCUGGGGUCUUCCUGACCUGGGAUGAAUGCAGAGCCCAGGUGGACCGGUUUCCUGCAGCCAGAUUUAAGAAGUUUGCCACAGAAGAGGAAGCCUGGGCUUUUGUCAGAAGCUCCGCAAACCCUGAUGGUUUAGAAGGGCAGAAAAAUAAACGUGUACAGGAAUCACAAGUGAAGGCAAACAAGCGACUUCAUGAGUCCUUGGAUGAAGGUGAAGGUGAAACCACAGAGCCAUGUGCAAAGCACGUGAAACAGAACGCAGAACCGCUGCCUUCAGUGAGCAAAGACACGUUUUCUUAUAUGGGGCACUCUGUCAUCGUCUACACGGACGGCUGCUGCUCCAGUAAUGGGCGGAGGAGGGCUCGAGCAGGAAUCGGUGUUUACUGGGGGCCAGGCCAUCCUUUAAAUGUAGGAAUUAGACUUCCUGGGCGACAAACAAACCAAAGAGCAGAGAUUCAUGCAGCCUGCAAAGCCAUCGAACAGGCAAAGGCUCAGAACAUCAAUAAGUUGGUUCUCUACACAGACAGCAUGUUUACUAUCAAUGGCAUCACUAAUUGGGUGCAAGGCUGGAAGAAGAGUGGAUGGAGGACAAGCACAGGGAAGGAGGUGAUCAACAAAGAGGACUUCGUGGAGCUGGACAGGCUUGUCCAGGGCAUGGACAUUCAGUGGAUGCAUGUUCCUGGCCAUUCGGGAUUUAUAGGCAACGAAGAAGCUGACAGAUUAGCAAGACAAGGCGCGAAGCAACCUGAAGACUGACCAGGUUUCACCUCCGUCUCUGUUCUCACGGUCUGUCUGUUGAAGGGCCUGAGCCAUUCGCCCCGUCGUUUCCCGCUGUCAGUUUUGUUGCUCGCGACCUCGAGGUGCUGUCCAGUGUUUUACUCUGUCCUCGGCACUUCCUGCAAGUUGGCGGCUGGAUCCAGAGGCUUGACCACAGUCCGGCUCCACCCCUCGGGCACGUGUGUUACGCGCUUUCAUCAGAAGGCGGGGCGGUUUCAUCCUGUUGUUGUUGGCAGCUGCCAGUGCUCAGGGCCUAGAUCCAUUAAUUAGGUCGCGGGACGCUGGUAUGCUGUCAUUUUGCUUACGUUUAUUGGCUGGAACAGUUUUAGAAGAUACUUCCCCUCACCUCAUGCUGGCGCUCAGUGUAGAAUUCACGUACAAAAGGCGGGAUAAAUGCUAAGAGUGGCUCCCGGUCAUCCUAAAAAGGUAGCCCAAUUAGAGUUUUUAUGUAUAUAUUUUUAUGACAUGUAAACGUGUAUGUGUCAUGAACUCAUGUACUUAAGCCUGUUUGAUGGGUUUCAGUCCAUCGCAGUUUUCCUCCUUAUUUAGCCCAAAUUGCAGCGGCCUUGGCCUGUAGGAGGGAGCCUCUUCAAGUUGGCUCUUGAUUUCUUUUGAUAGUCAUAUAUGUACACGUGUGCACAGACACACACUGACCAUACACAGACACACUCACGCACAGACUGUGCACACGGUCAUAGAGAGCUUUCUUGCAGUCUGAUGUGUCAGGGUGUUCUAGACCCACCUUGUACCUCUCCUGCUCUAGACCUGGAAUUGGCUGCUUCUCGAAGGAUCUGUAGUCUCUGUUAAUGGCAAAAAGAGGUAUUUCAGAUCCUUGGUGCUCAUUGCUACAGGGUUGGUUGUUGUUUCUAGGCCUAAAAAAUACACACGUGUGCACACACACAUUUAAAGAGAAGGUGUUUUCUGAGCUCAUGUUGACAGUCGUAAAACAAACUCAGGAUUCCUGGGCAUUCACCCUCUUGCAUGUCACAGCUGUGUCUCCUACGCUGCGUUCCUGGUUCUCAGGCUGUGGGACUACGGAGCAGAAUAUUCCUUAAUUACACACUUGCUUGUUCUACUUUAACAUGUACUACGUGGAUACUAACCCUAAUAUACCAUUAAUUACAAUGAAAACAGCACUGGAGCCACAUCGUCAACUGUUACAUAGUAAAAUCUCUCCCCGCUGCCCUCAUUUAGUCUUAUUUCCAUGUACUUAAUGCUCAUAACCAGUGUCUAGGUCAGUGUCAGCUUGGGAACCAUACUCCCUGGGCUUCUGUUUGUUGAAUUCAGCUUGUGUCCUUUAUACUUGAAGUUUUGCAGAAUAUGAAAUCCUUGCCUGCGUUUUCUUUCCUUGAGUGUCUUAAAUAUUCUGUGUUCUUCCAGCAUAAAGUGAUGCAUGAAGAGCCUGAUGAAUCUUACUUUCUUUCCAAGCCAUGUACUCCUUUUGCUUAGAUGCCCAAAGGGUUUUCUCCUCUUUCUCGAGUCAGCGGUUUUAUUAGAAUGUGUCAUGUGUUGGUGGCCCUGGGUCAGUGUUUGCAGGUAUAUGGUGCGCUUUUUCUGUAUGUAUUUUCAAAUCUACUGUUUCAAGAAAGUUUCCUUGAAUUGUGGCCUAGUGCUCUGUUUUAUUUUUUGCUUUGGUUUUCUUUUCGGGGGGACCCCUGUUAUCUGUAUGUUGAAAUCUGAUUUACCCAUCUUCAGUAUUUGCCACUUUAUCUUGAAUCUUUUAUCUGUCUUAGAUUGCUUCCAUGUCUUGGCUGCUGUAAAUAAUGCUGCUAUGAACAUAGGGGUGCCUGUAUCUUUAGAGGUCUGUUUUCAAAGAGGGCAGUUAAAGGGAAGGGUGUGCCAACCUACAGAUCCCCCGGCAGAAUCCCUGGGUCCAGGAGGGGCCUCGCUCAGCUGAGGCUUUUGAAUCCCACCCUCGGUCCUUCUCAGCCCACGUCCUCUAUAGCCACACGUGGACCUUCUCCAGCACCACGGUGGCCUCUGUACCGGGGGUCUGUAUGAUGAGCAGGGUGCCCCAUUCACGUAUGCGACAUGCUUCAACUAACACUUUAGAACCCGGGGGCCAACUGAAUGUUAGUGUCCCCGAAUUCCUGUGUUGAAGCCCUGACCCCCAGUAUGGCUCUGUUUGGAGAUGGGGGUGUUUGUCUCUCUGUUAUGAGUGCUUGUCUUAUGUUUUGUUCUUGUGUGUUUAUUAAAGUCUGAUGGGCAAGUCCUGUAUUGAGAUUAUUGGGUAGCCAGAGGAUGAAAUGUAAAAAGAAGUUGGAUUCAAACAAGAAAGGAUAGAAAGUUUGUCUGGUUCUUCUCCCCAUCAUACCCCAGAGAAGCUGCACCCUUUAUGGUGUUUUUUAAAAGGCUCUGGAAAUCUUGGAUCAUUCAGUUACAGCCCCUUGGCCACCACGUUAUCGUGACACGACGUGACGGGUCUUUUCAUAAGGCCAUGUGGCUUCGCCCUCCAAAGGGCCUGUGUUCAGGGCUCGUUGUCAGUAGCAGUGAAUCUGCUGGGCCUCCCCCAGGACUUCUCUGUGAACAAAGUCACGAAUCAGCUUGAGUUUGGGAGCACGAUGCUUUCCCUCUUCCUGCUAACCCCCCUUGGCAUUCACCCCCGAGCCCACACAGACACAGGCAGGACAGAGGGUGAGGGCAAGAGAACAUUUCUUCCGCAAAGACAGAGAGACCGCCAGCUGUGACGCAGCCCAUCCUAAGGUUUGACCAAGACGCAGGGGGAGGCUGGACAUCUUGUUAUAAAUUUAUCAGCUGUUUGCAUAUAUGAUUUCCCAUCUAAAGAAGGUGAUAUCACACUUUUUUCAGGCCUCCUACAGGGUACUUCAGAAGAAGCAGAUGCAUAGCAUGGUGACUCUAGUUAACAGUACCGUAUGGUAUACUUGGAUUUGCUAUGACAGUAAAUCUCUCAUACACACACACGUUUAAAAAGGUAACUGAGGUGAUGGGUGUGUUAAUUAACUUGAUUGUGGUAAUCAUUUUAAGUGUAUACAUAUAUCAAAUCAUCACAUUGGCCCCGAAAUGGAACCCCAUAAAUACAGUUAAGUGAUCUUUGACAAAGGAGCAAAGGAAAUACAAUGGGAGCAAAGAUAGUGUCUUCAACAAAUGGUGUUGGAACCAUUGGACGUCCACACGCAGAAAAGUGGAUCUACACUUCUCACAAAAAUUAACUCAAAAUUUUUCACACUCCCUAAAUGUAAACUAUGCAGAACUAUGAAACUCCUGGAAGAUAACAUAGGAGGAAACCUAGAUGACCUUAGGUAUGGUGAUGACUUUUUAGAUAAAAAAUCAAGGCACGGGACUCCCCUGGCGGCGCAGUGGUUAAGAAUCCUCCUGCCAGUGCAGGGGGCACGGGUUCGAGCCCUGGUCCGGGAAGAUCCCACAUGCCGCGGAGCAACUAAGCCCGUGCGCCACAACUACUGAGCCUGCGCUCUAGAGCCCGCGAGCCACAACUACUGACCCUGCAUGCCACAACUACUGAAGCCCGUGUGCCUAGAGCCCGUGCUCUGCAACGAGAGAAGCCACUGCAGUGAGAAGCUGGCGCACUGCAACAAAGAGGAGUCCCCGCUCGCCACAACUAGAGAAAGCCUGCGCACAGGACGAGGCCCCAACACAGCCAAAAAUCAAUCAAUCGAUCAAUCAAUUUAUUUUUUAAAAAAUCAAGGCACGAUCCAUGAAAGAGAUAAUUGAUAAACAGGCUUCACUAAGAUUUAAAACUUCUCUGCAGAAGACAAGGUCAAGAGAAUGAGAAGAUAAGACACAGACUGGAAGAAAAUAUUUGCAAAAUACACAUCCAAUAAAGGACUGUUAACCAAAAUAGAGAAAGAACUCUUAAAAUUCCACAGUAAGAAAACAUACAACCCAAUUGAAAAAUGGGCCAAAGACUUCACAGACACCUCCCUAAAGGAGACACGUAGGUGGCAACUGAGGACCUGAAAAGAUGCUCCACGUCGUACGUCGUCAGGGAGAGUAAAACAACAGUGAGAGACCACCACACAGCUGUUCGAGCGGCUGGAACCCAGACACCGAUAGCACCAAACGCCGGUGAGGUUGUGGAGCAACGGGAACUCUCCUUCACUGUUAAUGGGGAUGCCAAGUGGUGCAGCCACUUUGGGAGGAAGAGUCUUACAAAACUAAACAUACUCUUAGCAUAUGAUCCAGCAGUUGUGCUCCUUGGUAUUUACCCAAAGGAGUUGGAAACUUCUGUCCACACAAAACCUGCACGUGGAUGUUUACAGUAGCUUUAUUCAUAACUGCCAAAACUUGGAAGCAACCAAGAUGUCCUUUCGAACGUGAAUGAAUAAACAAACCGUGGUCCAUCCAGGCAAUGGGAUAUUAUGUAGAGCCGAAAAGAAAUGACCUAUCGAGCCAUGAAAAGCCAUGGAGGAACCUUAAGUGCAUGUGACUAAGUGAAAGAAGCCAGUCUGAAAAGGCUACAGACUGUGUGAUUCCAACUAUGACAUUCUGGAAAAGGCAAAAUUAUGGAGACAGUAAAAAGAUCAGUGGUUAUGGGGGUGGGGUUGGGGGAUUGUGCAAUAGGCAGAGCUCAGAGGAUCUUUAGGGCCUUGAACAUACUCUAUGAAACCAUAAUGAGGAUACAUGUCAUUAUCCAUUUGUCCAAGCCCACAGAUUGUACAACACCAAAGUGAAGCCUCAGGAGAACUGUGGACGUCGGGCGAUGGCGCUGGGUCAGUGCAG